AUGGCUCUAGAGAAUAAAAGAGAGCCCACAACCCUUGCAGUUCAUCGGUGUAGAUUCGUCGAUUAUGCUCCGUCUGCAAUAACUGCCCUCGCGUAUCCCCCCUUGCCACUCCCGUCUGUGAAAGGGAAGAAAAAGACAGGGAAGGGAAAACAACCUUUGAGGUUCGGAACUCUUGCUGUUGGUCACGCCAAUGGCAACAUUGACCUGUGUGAAUGGAUGGGCACAGAGCACGAUGUUCAAUGCCCACAAGCCUGGGUAACGCAAAAGACCCUACCAGGGCCCUACCCUUCGAAGGUGGACGCUGUCGCCUUUGCAAUACGAUACCCAGACGAUUUUGAUGAGAACGAUGUACCAAGAUGUUCAGAUCUACGACUCUUUAGCUCUGGAGGUGGAAGUGAGCUAUUGGAAUGGGACAUCGAACGCUCCUGCAUACGCAGAACCAUUGGUUCGCAAGGAGGUUCAAUCUGGUCAAUUGCUGCCAACCCGUCCUCCAAUUCCCUUGCGCUUGGUUGUGAGGACGGAACAGUCCGAUUGUUAUCCAUAGCAAACGACACCCUGACCCACCUACGACGGUUUGACCGUGUAAAAUGCCGGAUGUUGAGCAUCGCCUGGGGUCCUCCUGUACCUCGACGUCAGAAAACCGAUGUUAAUGAGGGCAGUUCUGAUGACGAUGAGGGCGAUGACGAAGAGAACUGGGGUGACUCAUGGUUAGUAACCGGUGGCUCAGACAGCAGUCUGCGAAAAUGGGAUGUCACAACUGGGCGGGUGAUAAACCGCAUGGGAACUGACAAAAUUAGGGGUGAGCGCACUCUGGUGUGGACUGUCGGCGUCCUUGGUGACGGCACAAUUAUCUCAGGGGACUCCCUAGGGAUGGUUAAAUUUUGGGAUUCGCGGACGUGCACACAACUGCAAAGUUUCAAUGCUCAUGGCGCCGACGUGCUGUGCAUUGCAAUUAGUCCUGAAGGAAAGGCAAUUUACACCUCCGGUGUUGAUCAGAAAACCAUCCAAUUUUCCAUCAUCAACACAAGCAGUGAAAAAGGUUCCAGCUCCUCAUCUACACGUUGGGCACAGACGUCCAGUCGACGCCUGCACUCACACGACGUGCGUGCGCUCGCCAUUUGGCCCCCAUACACACCACUUCCGCACUCCUUUCAGCGGCAUUUUCCCAAAGAUGUUGCGCCUAUCUUAGCCUCGGGCGGAUUGGACAUGUCCGUCGUUGUCACUCCCGCUGCGCUACCUACAAGCACCAUCGUCAAAAUUACUAACCCUCUAGUUACGAGUACUGAAUCUACCUUUGAGGAUGCCUACCAUCGGAGGCUUGCAUACUCUGUCGGAGGCGUGAUGAAAGUCGCGAGACAAGCUAGGCUUAUUACUUGCGCAAGGGAUGCAGGCUUGACCGUGUGGAGAAUACAAAAAAAGCCAGACGGCGCGGGAACGGAGGAAGAGGCUGCGCUGGAGGAUAUAGAGGCAGUCUCAUUUGAGGGCGGUUGGGAGAAGGUGCUUGAGAUGGAGUUCAAUGUCAAUUCAAACCUGGUCGCCCAUCAGAUAUCAGAUGACGGAAAGUGGCUUGUUAUUUCGGAUGUCUACGAGACAAAGCUGUUUGUACUCGACCAGGAUGCCAAAGGUCAAGUUAAGCCAAAACGAAUAAAGGACUUUUCAUCCACUCUUCAAGCCCACAUCCCGGCAUCGUCUACGAACAUACCCACAACUGGAGGUCUAGCUUUCCAAUUCACUCCAGACUCAUCGAAAUUGGUUAUAUCGACUGCCGUGCCGUCGUACAUCUUGGUGGUAGAUUUAAUGGGCGCAAAACCACAUGUCCUGCGGCGAUUCGAUCAUCAUCUGGUUAAAGAUUUCAUUUUCCGCGACCGGGUAGUAGUUGGACGAAGUAAAAAUGCUAUUAAUGGCGAUGUCGAUAUGGCGGAUGCGGAAGAAAACGAAGAAAUUGAAUCAGAGAAAGAGGAAGACAGCGAGGGAGCGGAGGAAACCUCGCGUUCAACACCAUCUGCAAUUGUUGGCGUCCACCGAAUAGCUAUCAGCACAGAUGGACAAUGGCUCGCGACUUCGGAUAAUUAUGCACGCACCCACAUAUUCAAUCUCGAUUCAAUAUCUCACCACUGCAUUUUACCUUCCUUCCAAAGGCCGGUGCAGGCGCUUGCCUUUGACCCCAUGCACCCCAGCGUCUUACUCCUAGCCUUGCCCGACAAUAGUAUUCAGUUUUACGAUGUCGAGGCGCGGCAGUUUCCUGUCUGGGGAAAAGAGCUCAGCAAUAGUCUUCCUAGACGCUUUACCAGCGCCCACGAUCCGGUUAUUGGGGUAUCCUUCGAUCCUGCGGUUUCGGACACGGAAGCCGGGAAGACCAAGUAUAUCAUUUUCUGGGGUGCGACCUGGAUUUUUAAAGUUAGCUUGGACACGACUGUCCGCUUUGGGGGACGGAAGCGAAGACGAGACGUAGUGGACGAGGAUAGGCCUUGGAGGGACUUUAAGAUGAUCACGCAAUACCGACCUAUAUUGUGUGUUGACUUCUUGACCAAAGGCGAGUUGGUGGUGGUUGAACGGCCGUUGGUGGAUGUGCUGUCGACGCUUCCGCCUGCGUAUUUCAAGCAUAAGUAUGGCAUAUCAUGA